CGCACGGUGCCAGAGCCAGGACCACUGGGAGUCUCUGCAAGCGCAACAACCGCCGACACGCCGAGAAGAAGAACGAGUUUCUUUAUUUCUUUUCCACAGUGUGCGUGGGGGGAGCAGGGCUAUGACACGCGUAUAAAGAGCCCCAAAGUACAGUGCUAACGCAGGCGGAUCUUUGUUUUAUUCUCCCCAAAAGAUGAGUAAAGACUCAAAGUGCCUGCGACAGCUCGGUGCGACUCUGCUACUAGUCCUGUUCGCCGGGGUGCAGCGAUCCGACUCUGCGGCUUGCCAUGGAUGUGCAGGAUCCAAAUGUGACUGCAGUGGAGUGAAAGGAGAAAAGGGUGAAAGGGGUUUCCCAGGUUUGACAGGACAGCCAGGCGUCCCAGGAUUCCCUGGACCAGAAGGACCAAUUGGGCCCAGAGGAGAGAAGGGAAGUGAUGGACCUCAAGGACCAGGUGGUCCAAAAGGAAUUAGAGGACCUCCAGGAACACCAGGAUUUCCAGGAACACCCGGACUCCCAGGUCUACCUGGGCAGGAUGGUCCUCCAGGUCCAAGAGGAGUGCCGGGUUGCAAUGGGACAAAGGGUGACAGGGGUUUCCCAGGAAGUCCAGGAAUCCCUGGGCAGCCAGGACUUCAAGGUCCACCUGGUCUGCCAGGACAAAAGGGAGACCCAGGUGAUGUUAUCUCCGCCAAUCGUUUCGGAGAGAAAGGAGCAGUGGGUUUACCCGGUUUGCCAGGAGGUCCUGGCCGACCUGGACCUCCAGGUAUACAAGGUCCGGUAGGUCCCCCAGGACCCAGAGGCCUUGAGGGUCGUCCAGGUGCUCCUGGUCCACCCGGGCCUAAGGGGAAUAUGGGUUUGAAUUUCCAAGGACCCAAAGGAGAAAAGGGUGCACCAGGUUUGCAAGGACCUCCUGGUCCUCCAGGACAGGUUGGGGAGCAGACAAAGCCGGCUGAGACUGAAAUUCAGAGAGGAGACAAGGGUGACCAAGGACCUCCUGGCCCUAAAGGUGAUCCGGGUUUACCGGGACCUCCUGGUCCCUAUGGUGGGCAGAAAGGAGAAAAGGGAGAACCAGGAGAGCUGGGAAAACGAGGAAAACCAGGCAAAGAUGGUGAUCCUGGUUCUCCAGGAUACCCAGGGCCCCCUGGAGAGACAGGCCAGCCUGGUCUUCCAGGGAGGGAUGGUGAGACAGGACAAAAAGGUGAUCGUGGAUUCCCAGGUCCACCAGGGCAGGUGAUUGGCGGGCCAAUAGGGAAUCAGGUGGGGCCUAAAGGUGAACCUGGCUUACCUGGAACACCUGGACUCAAAGGAGACAGAGGAGUACAAGGUUUGACAGGCCCUCCAGGAGAACCGGGAUUCACAGGAACCGGUAGUGGGGGUUUUCCUGGACCUCAAGGUUUCCCAGGAGAGCGAGGUCAGAAGGGAGAGAUUGGCCCUCCAGGAAACUUUCUGCCAGGCCCCCCAGGUCGUGCAGGGUCUCCUGGAUCCCCUGGUCCGCCAGGGCCCCGUGGACUUCCAGGCACUUCCUCAGGUCAAGACUGCAUACCAGGACUUCCUGGGGUUCCUGGUGCACAAGGAGGAAGAGGUUUCCCUGGAGAGAUAGGACAGAAAGGUGAGAAAGGUGACACCUGUGUGAACUGCCUAGGAAGCGUCAAUCCCAUCCCUGGACCUCAAGGACCUCCAGGACCUCCUGGAUUUCCUGGACCUCCUGGCAUCCAAGGUUUCAAGGGAGACAGAGGUUUUCCAGGAACACCUGGCUCUGUCGGCCCCAGCGGUCCUCCUGGUGCUCAAGGUCCUCCCGGCCUAAAUGGAGAGAAGGGAGAUCCAGGUGAUCCCAUCAGAGUUAAUGGUUUGAGUGGAGAGAAGGGUGACACUGGUUUCCCUGGACCACCUGGUCUGCCCGGUCUGGACGGGGCGCCUGGGCCUCCAGGGCCUAAAGGAGCUCCUGUUUUGUUGGUGAGGGGAGAAAGAGGCCUCCCCGGUGAACCAGGUUUCCCUGGUAAUCCAGGAGACAGGGGUCCCCCAGGUCUUCCUGGCUUUGGAAAUCCAGGACCUCGUGAGAAAGGUGUCCAGGGUGUCUCAGGAAGACCGGGACCUGUUGGUGCACCAGGAACUAAGGGUGAACCUGGUCAGACAAUGACAGAGAAAGGGGCCAAAGGAGAAAGAGGUCGGGAUGGCGAGCCUGGGCAGCCUGGUUCACCAGGUAUACCAGGUCAGCCUGGACAGCCUGGUUUUCCCGGUUUAUCGGGAGCGAAGGGUGAACCCGGAAUCCCAGGCAUUGGACUGCCAGGACCUCCAGGACCAAAAGGAUUCCCGGGUGUUGGCGGGCAACCAGGAGCCCCUGGAGGACCAGGAAGACCAGGGAUAGAUGGACGUCCCGGUGAGCUGGGAUUUCCUGGACCAAAGGGUGAACCUGGUCUUGGACUUCCUGGUCCUCCUGGUUUAACGGGUGCACCGGGCCCUAAAGGUUCCAUUGGGCCUAAGGGAGAUCCUGGUUUCCCUGGUAACCCCGGUUUGUCAGGACGGCUUGGAGCUGAUGGAGCUCCAGGAUUCAAAGAUCCUGAAGCUGUUUUGGGAAAGCUCUGGUCUGAGCGGCACUGGGAUGUGCACGGAGGCCACCUUGCUGGAGGAAGCCACGUUAACGUUCUGGGUCCCUUUAAUGUAACUGUGAAGGAAGGAAAAAAUGCACUAAUGCCAUGUCCCAUUCUACCAACCAUGGAGACUGUAUGGUGGGUGAAGGACAAGAAGGUUGUGUAUAAGCAGAAUUACGGAGACGGCCAUAAUGGACCUGCUGAUGGCCGACUCUCUGGGUUCCGUGGUAGAAUUUUUUUCUUAGAACUGCAUCAGGUUAAGACAGAAGAUCAGGGGGAUUAUUUCUGUUACAUCCAAGAUGAAGACGGAAAGAUAUGGAGGGGGUAUCGGGUGAGUCUGAAGGUCGAGCAGUGAAGGCGGUAUUGGAAACCUCACCACCAGCAUCACCAACACAAGAAACGCAAGUAGCUGUCAGCAGUGGAGGAAUUUGGAAUGCCAGGCUGGAGAAGUUUUGUUUCCAGUGAGUGAAGUGGAGAAGAUUUGAAGUGUCGGCCUUGUGAGCUGGAUGCUGGUGGAAGUACCCAACAAAGAUGCGUGGACCUUCCUGCUCCUGCGCUCGUCAGUGACCACCACCGGUUAAAUAUAUUACUGUUGCAUAUUUUCAGUAUCUAAAACAAUAUCUCUGAUGAGGAUGCAGCAAAGGAAAUUCAUAUUAAUAUCAAUUUUAUUCCGUUCACUUAAUCUUCAAGUUGACAUUUCUGAUACAUUCCGUUAAUCCUAUGUUUAUUUUACAUUUUAUCCAAUGGCAUCUCUAUUUAUACAUACAAUACUGCAUUAAAUAAACUAUUCAAUGAAUGUCUGAGUUAGGGCUGGGGCAUAUCAUACCGUUCACGAUAAUACCGGUAUAAUGUUGGACAAAGAUAAGAAAAUGAAGUAUCGCGAAUUACUGUUAAAUAACAGUUUAAUGCACAUAAAAAAAAGCUGCUUGUUUAAGUGAAAAUACAUUGAUGUUUCUUUGGGGUUUUUUGCACUAAUA